CAUUAUUCACUAGCUGCCUAACGGACAACACUGGAAAACAAUUUGAGACUUCAUAGUAAACACAAGCAGCUUCGGUUGACACCAUGAAGAUCGCAUCUUUUAACAUCAGACGUAUGGGUCCAAGCAAACUGUCAAACAAAAAUAUUGUAAAUUAUCUUAUUAAGAUCUUCUCUCGGUACAGUAUAAUCAUUAUUCUGGAGGUGGUGGACAAAUCGGGCAAAUCUAUAGACAAAUUUCUACAGGAGCUCAACAGCACCAGAGCUAAUAAGAAACAUCCCUUCACAAUGGUCGGAAGCUCCAGGCUGGGACGCACUCUUUAUAAGGAGCAGUUUGUCUGUUUCUACAG